CUUUCUUUCUAUUUUUUUUUGAAAAGUAUAUUUUAACUUUGUUAUUAGUAGAGCUUUCAAGAUAAUCUAAAGAGAAACAAAUAAAUACUUUCAAAAAUAUUUAACAUUAUGAUAUAAUUAAAGAAUGACCAUGAUGAAAUCUUUUAAAGUCCUAAAAGCUUAGAUAUAGAUAGCGAAAGUAAAAUAAGGAUUGGAGCUGCUUCAAGAGGAAAGCUAUUCUAUGAAGUGGAUUAAACUCCCUUUUAAAGAAAAAUAGAUAUGCAAGAAAGUUUGUAUUGGAGUGAUAAAAACUCAAGUAUUUCGAUGUCUAAAACAGGAAUAAAUAUGAAUUAAUAUAUUAAUUAGCAUAAUGAGUAUGAUACAUUUUCAAAACCUCAAAUAAUGGAAUUAGAUAUUAACUAUCAAAAUAAAACUAGAAGCAAAUCUAAUAUUACAAUAAAUGCAAACCAAAUAACAUCGCAAUAGUAAAUUGUGUAAAACUAAAGUCCUAACAAUAAGACAUAAGAGAUUAAAGUAAUUAAUACACAAAAAUCUUUGAACUAUUAGGGAGAAAAGAAAGAAUAGCAAAGUCCAUUACCAUAAAAGGAUUAAAAAUAGCUAAGAUCUGAGAAAACUAUUAGAAAUUUUAGAGUUAUGAUGCUUGCAAAAAAGUUUUAAAAAAUAAUGUUAAAUAAAUCACAAUCUUAUGUAUUUAGAAAAACACUAGAUGAUAGAUAUUCAUUUUAACUUUUGGGUGAUAAAGCUUUUGUAUGGGAAGAUUUUAAAAGGGAAAUCGCUUUGAAGCUUUCAAGAUAUAAAAAGCUCCUAAAAUUAUAAUUUCUCAUCUCAGAUAUAGUUUCUUACAUCUCAAUAAUGUAUUGUACUAUUAAUCCUUUCUCCACCACAAAAUUUAUAUUUGACGUCUUAACAUUUAUAGUUAUUUUAAUAAAUAUUGCCUAUUUGCCAAUUAAACAUUCCUAUGAUGAGAUAUUCAACUUAUUUUCUGAAGGGUAUGUUGAAAAAAUUACUUUAUAUUUUUUGCUUCUUGAAGUUUUUGUUAAUAUGAGCACUCAGUUUUAUUCUCGUGGUUUAUUAGUAAAAGAUUAAAUUCCUGUUUUAAAAAACUACUUACAAGGCAGACUGUGGAUUGAUUUAAUUGUUGGAAUCCCUUAUUUGCUAAGUUAGCUCCAUUCUAACUUAAAGAUUUUAAAUUUACUAUACUUAAUUAGGUUUUUAGACUUUUUGAUAAUUUUUAAUAAGAUAGACGAUAAGUUUCUUAAAAACAGUCAUAUUGGCGAUGCAAUAAAAUGUAUCUUCCUUAUAUUUUUUGUUGCUCAUCUUUCUGCCUGCAUUAUUUAUGAAAUUUCAACUCUACCAAAAUCAGACAUUGAAAAAACAUAUCUUGAUUCUAUCGAUGUAGAUAGGACUUAAUGGUUAUAAGUUUAUAUAUAUUCUUUUUAUUGGAGUAUAAUAACGAUGACUACAAUUGGUUAUGGUGAUAUUCACCCUUAUUCUUACAGGGAAAGAGUUUAUGCAUCUUUUUUUGCUAUUAUAAGUUGUGUUGUAUUUGGUUUUACUUUAAAUUAAAUUGGUUCAAUUAUGUCGAACCUCUAUAUGAAUUCGAAUAUGGUUAGAAAGAAAUUAGCUAUCAUUGAGUCAUAUUUAAAGAAAAGGAAUGUUUCUCCAGAUAUUUAAGUAAAAGUAAAGAAAAAUAUAGAAUAUAUUCUUAUGGAUAGUAACUAGUAGGAUAAAGUCGUUGAAGAGAUGUUGAAUAGUUUAACUAUUUCUUUGCGAAGUUAGCUUAAGAUAGAGCUCUACAAAAAUAUUUUAAAGACAAUAUAAGCUUUUAAUAUUAAUUUCAGUGAUAGUUUUUUAUCAGAGCUGUGUAAUCUGUUUUAGGAGUAAACUUAUAGUUAAGAGUAGUAUCUCUUUUAUGAAGGAGAUCACCCUGAUAGAUUUUAUUUUAUUAUAAGAGGAGAGAUUGAGUUAUAUUAUUAAUCAAAUAAGUGUCCUUGCACUAUUUAAAAAAGAGAAAGUUUAGGUGUUGAGGAAUUUUUUUCUUAACAAUGCAGAGUCCAAUCUGCGAAGGCUUCUAGGGUAACAACUGUAGCAUAUAUCUGUUAUGAAGAUUUUUGUUUAUUACUAAAGAAAUAUUAGCUUGAUCUAGAAAAAUAUAGAAUGAUUUAUGAUAGUUUCAACAUAAAUAGAUAAACUGUUAGAGUAUUUGUAAGAUGUUAAAACUGCUAGGGUAUUUCGCAUGUUACAAGUGAUUGCCCUUAUUUAUUUUACAUUAAAAAUUAUAAGAAAAACACUUUAAAAGAUAUAAUUUAGGAGGCUAAAAAACCUCAUAUUCAAACUGAAAGAUAGAAAUUAGAUAAGCUAAGACAUGCUAAAAAAUUCAACAGCAGAGACCAAUAAGCUUAUGUUUGGAAGAGACUUUUUGAGUAUUUAUACAAAAAUUUAGAUGACAUAGUUUAAUUUUACGAUGAUAUGGUCGACAUAUAUAAUAAUUCACAAUAAGAGAGUUAAGAUGAAGAUGGAGAGGAUGAUGAUCCUGAAAAUGAUGAUCAAGAAUAAAAUGAUUAGUAAGGAGAGGAAAAUCAAAAGAUGAAAUAAACAGCUACAACUCUUUAUAAUGACAAAAGCGGUGAAAAUACUCCUUACAAAGCAAUAGUUAUGUUUAAAUCUUAACAUCUGAACAAAUAAAAUAACACCCUUUCGACUAAUCUUAAUACUGAAUUUUCUGAUAAAUAAAAAGAAUAGUUGGCAAAAUUUUUUUUUUCAUAAUAAAAUAAAAGUAACAGUGCUAUUGAUUUUUAGCAUCUUGAUUAAUUUACUCAUGUUCCAAGCUAAUAAGGAUAAGAAAUUAAAGAUAAUCCUUAAAAUCUUCCUUCUGUAAUUUAAAAUAUGUUUGAUGUUUCAUAAAAAAAAGAUCUGAAUCAACCAAACAUUUUCUUAAUGGAAAAAGAUAAUCAUUUAUAUUAUGAUGGAAAAGUUACUCCAACUAACGCUGAUUAAAAAAAUCUGCUCUCAGUUAAUCACCUUCUUAGCAAAGAUAACACUUCUUUUUCUUUUGCUUAAUAGUCAUCGUUUUAAAGAGAAGAAUAAGAAAAUUAAAAUUAACACCAAAUUCGACUACAUUAAAACUCCUCAAACUCAUCAGAUAAGAGCAACGUCACAUUUAUGAACAUGAAUUAGAUGUAAAAUUCUAAUUUAAAUUAAACAAAUAAUAUCAUGAAUACUCCUUAAAUUGAUCAUAAACCUCAAAGCAUAGCAUUAAAUAUACCACCAAUAAAUUUAGAUUAACAUAAAAAAUAAGAUGAACACUUUUAAUCUAAAAAUAUAGCUUCAACUGAAAUAAAUUAAAAUAACAAUAAUGCUAUAUAUAUUAGUAAUAUCAACCCUAGUAUCAGUCAUAAUAAUUAGUAACCUUAAAGCCAUCCUGAAAUUCAAAAAAUAGAAUCAAACUUUACAAAUUUGUAAAGCAAUAGCAAAAGUUUAAGCAAUAUAAACUCUUUAAGUAAUUAAAAUAGUAAUAACACUCCUUAACAAUCUUCAGCAGUAGAUACAUUUAAGCGUAAGUCAAGCUAUUUUUCUGGUUAUAAUAAAAGAAAAACAAGUGAAAUUAAACGCGAUGAUCAAUCUCAUUCAAAACUUCUAAUGCCAGUAACAAAUAAUUAGUUUUCAGCAACGAUAGACGAUUCAAAUCCUUCUCAUCAAAUCCCUCACGGAACAUCUAAUAAUAUAAGCUUACUAAAUUAUUAUGAGGGAAAAGAUAAUAAAGCUAGUAAUUCAAAUAAUCUCUAGCCCUCUUCAGGAUAAAGCAAUAUCAAUCCCAUGUCAAAUCUACUUUUGGAACCAAUUUCACCAAUAAAGUAGCAAACAAAGUAAGAAAAUACAAGUCCUAUGCUUUCUAUGAAUAAAGAAAUAUUUACUCAUUCAGAACUCUAAUUCGACAUUUAAUCUGAUCAGCUUUCUCCAAGAAAUAGAAAGUAGCUGUAAUUGCUUGAAAAAUAAAACCACUAAUCUCCUGCUAAUAAAUUAAUUUAGCCUUACCAAGUUUAGAAUUCGUAUGAUAAAGAUAGUAAGAGAAGAUAAAACCCUAUUUAACCAUCUUAUGCAAACCUUGAUGAAUAUUUUUACCCAUAAAAUAAUCAAAAUAGAUCACAAUAAAAUGCUUUAAAUCCAGAUAGUAACUCAGUUUCAAUUAGACUAGAUGAAUAAGAUCAACAAUAAUAAUAAUAAUUUUAAGACAAAAGUAUAGAAUAAACUCGUUAUUAAAUCUUAUAUGAGAACAGUAGUAGAGGUCAGUCAACAAGAUAGCUUUCAAUAAGAAAAGGUACACAUAAAAACAAUACAUUAUUAAUAUUUGGUUAACAGCCUCCUGAAAUUGAAUAGUAAAAUUCUCUCUAGUAAACUUAGUAAAGCACAAAAAACUAUGAAGAGAAUUACAAUACUAGCUAAAGCUAUUUGUAAAAUUAUAAUUUUCCUGAAACAGCAAACGAUUACCAUCCUUCUCACUAAGGAAGAAAAAAAUCUAGCAAAACAACUCAAAAUGAAUUAUGGAAUGAAAAAAUAAAUUCUCUUCAAAAUGAUUAUAAAAAAGAACUCAUGUAAAAUUAUUUACAGAAUAAUAGGAGCUCUUAAAGAAAUAUAAGGUCUCAAAGAAACAUAGAGAUAUAAAGUAGAAAGAAUAGGAGAGAUGAUUCGAUUACUAAGACCUAGAUACAAUAGUUGUAAAGUGAAAUACUUAGUCAGAGCUAAGAAUACCCUAAAGAAGCUUUGCCUGGUCUGUAUAAAAACUAAUCUGCUAAAGUAAAAAUGCCAACAGCUAUUCAUCCACAGUCAUAAUUUUAAAUUUAAUAAAUCCAACUUUAUGAUUAAAAAAUUCAUAGUAAUAAGAAGCUUUUACUAGAAACAUUAAAUCAUAAAAAUUAAAGUUUAUCAAACAUAAGGCUGAAUACAAACCAUCGCUCUUCCUCACAUUAUACAAAGCAACAUAGUAUUAUAAAAAGUGGAGAGCAUUAGCCAUUAGACUUAGAAGCAAAUAAUAAUCAGUCAUUUGAUAAUAGGACUUAAAGAUUCUAAAGGAAAUUUACAAAUAAAAAGAUAUCAUUUAAGAUUACUGAAGAUCCAAAUAUGCCUCGUGAUAAUUAAAGAAACCAUACUAUUUAAUCUAAUAGCUUAAUUCAAACAUAAACAUUAGCACCUUAAUAUAACUUAAUGGAUGAAUAAGAUGAUGAAUAUAAUCACAAUUCUGAAGAUGAUUAGUAUAAAUUCUCAUUAAUCCUUGAAUUUGACAGCAUGAAAUCCUACAAUGCAUAUUUCCCAUGGAAUAAUUUUUCAAAUGUAAUCAAAUCCAAAUAAGGUUUUAAGAAAAAAAAGAAGAACGAAAUGCUUACUUUGUUUAGCACCAAACAAAUGACAAAAGCUGUAAGAACUAAGGUAUUAUCAAGGGUAGAUAGAGAUAAUAGCUCAGCAAAUAUUAGUAAAACAUAAAUUAAAUGA